AUGUCGAGUAGUUGGAGAAGAACGUUAGGGAACGCAAGAUCUUUCGUCAACAAUUCAAUGGGCGGUCUUAGAGGAGGAAGCAACCUUGCUUCCUGGGUUGUCGCCGGAACCCUAGCUUACUUCCUUUGGAUUAAACCCUCCCAAGACCUCAAACGUGAACAACAGGAAAAAGCGGCUCUUGCUUCCUCUGAUUCAUAUCGCUAUGUUGAGACUCGAAAACCUGUUCCUGAUCCUCAAGUUACAGGUUUGAUAUAUGGAAACAACAACAAAGACAAUUCAAAUAGGGCACAGGAUUAG